AUGGCCUUGAAUUUUCUCAAAUCAGUUCCGUUCUUUCUCUUGCUUGCGGUUGUCAUGGCAGGUGAUCCAGAUAUUCUCGUAGACUUUAUAGUUCCAGCAAACUCCACUGUUAAUGCCACAGAUGGGUGCUUCUUCACCUUCACUGGAAUGCGCAACGCAAUUAACCCGGACUAUCCGUCAAACUUUACGGUGACUAAAGCUAGUGUUAAAGAGUUUCCAGCUUUGGAUGGUCAGAGUGUCUCUUAUGCUUUUUUGGAAUAUCCUGCGGGAUCCAUUAACCCACCUCACACACACCCUCGUUCAGCUGAGCUACUCUUGGUAGUGGGUGGAACCCUCAAUGUUGGCUUUGUUGACACCACGAACAAACUAUACAAUCAAACCCUGAAACUCGGUGACAUCUUUUUGUUCCCAAAGGGAAUGGUGCACUAUCAGUCUAAUGAUGAUCCAAAACAACCCGCCGCCGCAAUCGCCGCCUUUGGCAGUGCUAAUGCAGGCACAGUUUCAGUUCCCACGAGUGUUUUUACUUCUGGCAUUGAUGAUAAUAUCCUUGCCAAGGCUUUCAAAACUGAUGUUUCAACUAUCAUGAAGCUUAAGGCAGGCCUUGCACCCAAGGCUUAA